AUGUAUUUAAACACGAGGAGGAGCUUUGUAUUUUUCAAUUAAUAACGAUUAAUUUAAUAUAUUUCAAACAAUUCUUUAUAAUAACAAAGCUAAAUAAGGAGAAGAAAUUUACUUAUAAGGUAAUAGUAAAUUAAAUUAAGAAAUUUUAUAAAAUUAUGGAUGAAACUGAAUUCAUCAUCUCUUUUACCUAAUAAUCUUUAAGAAAUGCCAACUCAUUUAUCUUUAUCAAUUAAUAAUAUCGAGAUGAAAACUAUUUAGAAAAAGAUUAACAAUAAAACAUCAAAUAUUUUGUUAUUGUAACCUUAUCUUGUAAUUGAAUAAGGAAAGGUACAAUUAACGAAAUUAUUAAUCUUACCAAGCAAUUAAGAAAUUAUUAAUUGUACAAUAUAUAAUCCAUCAUAACUUAAAUUUGAGAAUAAUUUAGAAGAAUUUUCAAUAUCUUAUAAAAAUAAUCUUAAUGAAAAAUUACCUAAUUUUUCUAAUUCCACAUGUGAAAUUUUUAUGUAAACAUUAAUAAAUGAUACUCUAAUUGAUUCGACAAAUAUUGCAAAUAUUGAAUAUCAUUCUGAAUCAAAUAAUUUUGAUUUAAGAUUUUUAUCUAUAACUAUUGAUCCAUACAAAUAAAAUAAUCAAACCAAUUAAAUUUAGAUUUUUUGUCACCUUAAUGAUUAAUCUGACACUUUGUUAUAUUAUAUUGAAAUUAAAGGUUUUAUGUGUUAAUUAGGGGAGUUUUAUUUUUAUCAGGUUGUUAAAUAUGUUAACCAAGUUAAGGAUAUUAUUCUGUAACAUAUUAUAAAAAUAAUUAUUAAUUUAUAAAAUCAAAUAUAAUUUACAAAUACAAUUUCAAUUUUAACAGUUUUUAUAAUACAAUACUACAAAAUGUUCAAUAUUUGAUUAAAAUGAAUUUGAAUCUAUAACUUCAAAUUAGAUUUAACUCAAGAAUGGUUAUUGGAGACCUGAUUAUUAAUCUGACUUGAUUGAACAUUGUUUUAAAUUUGUUGAUUUUUGUGAAGGAGGAUGGGUUGUGUCACAUGAUUUAUGUUUAGUAGGACAUAUUGGAGGUUUGUGUGAAGAAUGUGACAUGUAUAAUAUUUGAGGACAAGGAAAUUAUUUUAAAAAUGAAGAAAAUACAUCUUGUCAAGAUUGUUAAGAUGCAAAUAAUAGUGUAUUUCCAUUUGUUCUUACCUCAAUAUGGUAUUAUAUAAUUAUAUGAUUUAAUAGUGUCCUUAUUUCUACUCUUUUAAUUUUAAGAAGUACUGAUAAGUCUAAUAAAUUAUUUUCUUCAUUGAAAAUAAGAUAAAGAUUUGUGAAAAUAAUAUUCAAACUAAAUCGAGGUAAUAUUAUAUAUAUAUAAAGAUAAUGAAAGUAUCUUACUUAAAUUAUUUCUUAAUUAUUUAUGGAUAUUUUCAGUAAUUUUUACUUUUAAUUUUUAAUUUUCAUUUACAUUUAUUAGUUAGACAAGUAACACAUCAUACUUAUGGCUAACAAUAUGGAUUGCUAUUUAUCAUAAAUCUAUAAUAUAUCUCUAGUUUUUAAUAAAAUAAUCACGAUGACCGUAUUAAUGGUGUGCUAAUUAUUAAUAAUAUAUAUGGGGUUUAAGUUAUAUUCAAUAAUCAAACACUAGAAAUUUACUAGCAGUAUAAUAUCUACUACACUCUUGUACUUAUAUGUUUCAAAUUAUGCUUCAUUAAUAAAGCAGUGUAAUUAAUUAAUAAUUGUAUUAGACUUUUUUCAUUAUUGGCUAAGAGGAUAAUAUCUGAAAUAGAAUAUAUUUCAGGAGAUGUAUAAUUACUUUAUAAUUCACCAAGUCAUAAAAAAUGGAUAAUUGGAUUUGUUUUACCAGGAUUAGGAUUGAUUGGAUGUCUCAUCCCAUCUGCUCUCUUUCUACUCUUAUAGAGUUAAUCAGAUAUUAUUUUUAACAAGAAUUUAUUUUAUAGGAUAUAUUUUAAUAAAAGUUUUUGCUAUUCUAAAGAGACAAACUAGAUAAGAUAAAGUUUAGAAAGCAUAUAUGUUAUCUAUUCAAUGAAUAUAAUGAUGAAAAUUACUUUUGAGAAUGGAUAAAAUUAUGGAAAAAAACAGUAAUUAUCCUUAUUAUGA